CAGAAACUGCAUCUGUCAGUUUUUACUCACCACACUGGUGACUAUGUUUCUGGAUUUCACUGUGACCGUAGCACUAUAUGGGUGUGCACUAGCCUCCUUGACAACUGGAUACCCACACACUGUUACACGUGUUGGCGACGAUGUUAACAUAACCAUGAACCCAGCGAAUGUCAGCUUCCUAUACUACGUAUGGGUGAAUGGUUCGGUAGCUGUGAGACUGUUACUGGUCCUGCCUAAGUCACACCGUGUAUGGGUACUCAACAACAGUCACACCGGCUACACGACCAGGAUCAGAUACACCGGGGAGGACUCACUAUCACAGACAGGACAGCUGAGGUUUACCAUCUACAAUGUUACUGUACAGGACGCUGGUACUUACUACUGUCAAAGAACCAAUGGACAGACAGUUACUGGAUGUAGACAGGUCCUCGUUGUAGCACAGAAACCAACCACACCUACCAUCACCGGACCUGCCUCACCUGUAUCAGGUGAGAAUGUCACCCUGACAUGCUCCUCCUCCUCCCGGAGUCUACCCCCGGACCACCCCCCACUGACCAUGACCUACAUCUGGAGGAGGGACAGGACUCUGCUAGAAUCUGGUGAUGGGUCUCCUACAGGUGGAGAUGACCUGACAAUAACCCACGUCAGCAGAGAGAACCAUGGCGACAUCUACAGCUGCCAGGCUGUGGAGGAGGGGCUGAAGUCUAACUGGAGUGACGGACAUGUGCUGGAUGUUCUCUAUGGACCUGACAAGAUACAGUUUGACGACACAAGUGACAAGCUGGAGGUAGAAGAAGGGAAACCUGCAGCUGUGAGAUGUUCUGCUGACUGUAACCCUGCCUGUACUGUAACCUGGUGGGACAUCUUCAGACAGACGGUGAUUACAGGACAGGGGGAGGCUGUGUUGUCUAUACCAGCUGUAGAUGUACCUGUGUCUGGACUGUACACGUGUUACGUCAACAACACACAUGGGAGUGCAUCACGGAACCUGACGCUGGAGGUCUUCUCACGUGAGGUAACUGAAUCUUCUGCCGUUUCCAUCGUACCUGUGGCUGCCGUCUGUUCUGUCCUCAUUGUCGUCAUCGCUUUUGCAAUCGUCGUCGUCGUUGCCCGCAGACACAGGAUCAAGAAAGGAGGUAAAGUGUACAGGGCUGGCGACCGCAGUAUGGCUGACAACGAAGCACAAUUUCAACAAGAUCCCAGUGACCUGUAUGCCAAGGUGAACAAAAAGAGGAGGCGCAGAAGAGAAGUGUCUGAUGUUUAUGCCACGGUCCAGAGGGUUCAGAGCAAACAGUUUGUGAACAGGGCUUAUGCAGGUGCAGGACCAUCGUCUGAAAAUGCAGUUCUAAUCGACUAUGCAGGACCAGUCGCAGCCGAAUACAACAACUGUGGAGAAACGAAUGAUGACGGUCUGACCUACGCCGACCUUGCCCUUGAUCCGCCAACCUUUAUCGACGGCAACCCCAUCAUACACAGAAGGGAGGAGCCCGUGGUAUAUGAGGAGAUAGACUUCGCCCUCACCCCCGGGCCGCAGCUGCCGGACAAGAUCUGGGAGGUUGAGGAGCAGGAGGAGGAGGAGAGAAGGCAGUGCUUCUGGGAAUGAUGAUGAACAAACCUUGACAAUCCCUAGCUGCCGGACAAGAUCUGGGAGGUGGAAGAGCAGGAGGAGGAGGAGAGAAGGCAGUGCUUCUGGGAAUGAUGAUGAACAAACCUUGACAAUCUCUAGCUGCCGGACAAGAUCUGGGAGGUGGAAGAGCAGGAAGAGGAGGAGAGAAGGCAGUGCUUCUGGGAAUGAUGAUGAACAAACCUUGACAAUCUCUAGCUGCCAAACAAGAUCUGGGAGGUUGAAUGGGAGUACAGGAGAAUCUCGAGGUUACAUUUAGUGAGUGAGCGAGUGAGUGAGGUGAGGUGAGGUGAGGUGAAAUUGGGUUUAUUGUCGUGGUUGAGAAUAU